AUGCUCGUUGGGCCUCUUGCCAGACAAAACCCUAUUAUUCUUCAAGUUCUUUCUCAUCAGGUACAGCUGGAAGACAAAGCAGGUAGUAGUUGCUUUGCGCACUGCAACGCUGUCUUAUCAAAGAGCUUUCCUUCGCUCAGUUCCAUAACAUUUCUUCUGGUUAUGUUUGCUUCGCAUCGACCUCGCGUCUUCCGAUCCCGUCUGGGCUGCUGCAUUUGCGGUGCUAAGUCCUCCAGUUCGCGAUUCACGUCUUCGUCAAAAUAUGAAGUGCUAUUUAGUGGUUGCUUUCAGUUGAAUGAGAAAAGACAAGGAGAGAUCUGCAAUGCCUGUGUUCUCCUCGUGAAGCGCUGGAAGAAACUGCCGCCUGGAAGCUCAAAAAACUGGAAGCAUGUAAGCUUAAGCAAAACUUUUGUUUUCUUUCCAAUUCUGUAAUUUUCCAACCCGCUGUCAUUUCCGCUCCGUAAUUUUUGAGUCAGUGAAUCGUAACUUUUUAUUCGUGCAGGUUGUAGACAGCAAAGCAAGUGUGAAAAGGACUACAAAACCAAGAAGAAGCUCAAGGACUUUGAGCUUAGAAAACGGGAAAGAAAUGACAUCGACUGCCAACGGAAGAGCAACAAGUGGCCGAAAUGAUAGUUGUGGAGCCGAGUCGACCCGAGGUGAGUUCUUUUGUCUAUUGUCCUGUGAUACUCUUCGCUCUUUCCUUGGCUUACCUGGAUGACAGUCGUCUUGCAGUUUGAAAUUAAUCUUUGAGUUAGUCAUAAGGCCAGUGAAAGCGAUGAAGAAGGUUUUUAUCGUUCAAUUUCAAGUUAUACAGAGCGUUGACUUUUAAUUAAAUGAGUUAAGUUCAAUCCCUUUUGUAGAUUUCUUCUUCUUCAGUCGUGCACUAAACACCUAAAAGCAAUUUUUAAAUUAUUAUUUAAAUCUCAUUUUGUUAUAACAUAAAUACUAGCAAAAAAACAGUGAUAAUUUGAAAUGGUUAGAGUUCGUACGACAGCACGUGCAUGUAGAUUAAACCUAUCCUUAUUAAAUUUUCCUCAUGACCGUAUAAAUUUUUUUGUUGUUGUUAUUACAUGUGACUUGAGCUUAAAGACGUGGACGUGGACAAAAUGCUAAUACUGUUCAUCAUAUUUUCUGCGGAAGGUUUUAUUUCAAUAAUAUUACUCGUGUUUUUAAGUACAGUAAAUAAUUUUCCAGGCCAUUCCCACAAUAAAUAUGUUUGACAUUCGUGAACAAAACAAUGCCAUUGUACGCCAGGGGAAAAAUCCUGCUACUGAAAAGAGGCUACAAUGCUGUCUUGAGAUGAGGAUUUCACCAAAAAGUAAGAAAAGCACAUGUUAAUCAAACAUGACAACAUAUCCUUAAGGGGCUGACCAUUUGACUUUUAAGGCAGGAUAUGGGUGAUUUCAGGAAAAAAAUAUCCUGCAUACUAAUUUUGAGGGGGAAAAAUCUUGCAAGAAAAAAACCUGGGGAAAAGAAUGACCUGUAAUGAAUAAUAAUAUAUCUUAUGGCGUAUAAUGCUGCAAACAAAAAUCUUACACCAUUAUAUGUUGGGGAAAAAAAUUCCAUCCUUAGAGGUUUGGAAAAAAAAUUCUUGCCCAAACCAAAUCACCCAUACCCUCUGCCCCCUCAAAAGUUAAAUCCUUCUAACUCCUCGACAAUGUUAUGGAAGGACUGUUAUUGUCACUCAAACUUUGAAACUUGUGGACAAAAUUCCACGUGGUUGCUGUUUGUAUAAAACCUCUCUGGCAAAACUUUGCAAAGUGUUGUUUUUUUUCCUGAGGAUUUACGAAAAGAAAGUUAAAUUUUCUUGCGAAUUGGUUCUUUGGCUGCCAUUAGAAGUGAAAUGGUUUACUCAGAUGAAUCAGGCACUUGACGACUCCAGACUGUAAUUUCUUAAAAUAUGAGCACUUUGGCAAUAGACCUUGACACUGCUAAAAAGAGCACCUUAAUCCAUUCACCUAUAACAACCAGUGCAGAUGCACGUCCCUUCUACCGCUUGUGAUGUCAUCAGUUUUAGUAGUCAAGGACAACUUUGUUCGCUAACGUGAGCAGAGUGAAGAGAUCUUUCAAACCAUGCUAGAACAGCGUGCAAAGAUAGUAGUGUCCGAUAGCCCGGGGCUAGUGGAUUUUGCUAUCGAGCUAGUGAAUUCUGUCUUUAACUUGCCCAACGGGCAAGUGAUGUCUUUUGAGGAAUGCAAAUAACAGAAGAACCGUGAAAUCAAUUAUGCCAGUCAAAAAUUUUUGGGGGCUAGUUGAAAUGACGUCUGGGCUGGUAAAUGCUAAAAUGUAGAAAUGAUUUUCUUUGCACCCUGCCAGAAUGAUCACAAUUCAGUGACGGACACUGGAGAAAAACUGAGAAAAACCAUGUAACGUUGACCUGAAAAUUGCCAUGAAAAUCUUGUUCCACCACCCACCUACCUUUCCUUUCAAAUAAUCCUAAGAUCCUAAAAGCUUUCCUAAAAUUUUUCCCACCAAAAUGAAGCCUACUAAAUGGCCAGCAGAAGAAAAACAAAUGAGGCAAGAAAAGCAAAACAAGAGGGAGGAGAGAAAGCAAAAACUAAAAGUCAAGGCUGCUGUGUUACUUUUAAACCCAAAAAAUUUUGGACUUUCUGCACAUGCCCGAACUUCACAAGCUAAUAUUUUGCAUCUGGAUCAGAAAACUGCAAAGUGUACGACCUGUAAACCGGUUUUUGGUAAGUUUUAGAUCUUAAAAGCACGACAGUGACCAGAAAACCGCUCGACUAGCUUCAAAAUGUGUUUUUGGGCAAAGUCUCCCCGGGCGAUGGGUUAAAUAUGUUAGCACCAAGGAUGAAUGAGUAUAGCAUUUGCACUUUUACAUUACUAAUUCUUCUCUUGAUUUGCAGAUGAAGAUGAAAUGGAAACAGACAGUGGUGACUUGUCACCAACUUUGAUGUGUGGCUCGCCCAGUCCUAGUCCCAGUGACAUGUCAGAUGAGUUUUCAUCCAGUUCAUUAACUACCCAGCCUGUCAAAAGCGUCUCCACAGCUUCGCAGACUUCAUUUCUAUUUCCUUCCCUUACAUCUUCGACAAAAAAUAAGCUUCCUUUUAUUGACCUCUCUACAUGGCGCCGUGAAGAGAUCUGCUGUGGCACUAUAUUCAGGGGUCCUUAUGGUGAGGUCCUUGUUGACCCCAAGCUUUUGAACCCUGUUUGCACCUGUUCAUGUAGUUCACGGCCCCCUGUGACCGUUAGCCAUCCAAAGACUGUACAGUAAACUGGUACAUGAAAGGUUUUCAAAUACAUACUCUAAUAUCCAUUAUUUUAUUCUGUCUGCCAAGGAGGUUUUUUAUCUUUUCAGUUUUUUAGCUUUUUCAGCGUACCAUAAUUCAUUUUUUGGCAUCACAUGAAAAGUCAAUCAAAUCCAAACCAGUUUACCAUCAUCUAAGAACAG